GAAAGGAAAUGGAUCACAGAAGAGGAGAAGAGAAUGGGUUGGAUGGGAACAGCUACAACUCAGACAUGGAAGCUGAGAUCAUCAACAAGAAGAACCCAAAGGAGAGGGAGGAAGAAGAAGAGGAGGAGAUGUCGGUGGAGAGGAUUUUUGAGAGCAAGGAGGUGCCAUCAUGGAGAGAACAACUGACUGUGAGAGCCUUUGUGGUGAGCUUAGUGGUUGGAGUACUCUUCACCUUCAUAGUGAUGAAGCUCAACCUCACCACUGGUAUCAUCCCUUCUCUAAAUGUCUCUGCGGGGCUCUUGGGCUUCUUCUUCACCUCCGGUUGGACCAAGUUUCUGGACAACUCCGGACUCCUGAAGCAGCCCUUUACUCGACAGGAGAACACUGUUAUUCAGACUUGUGUUGUGGCCAUCUCUGGGAUCGCCUUCAGCGGAGGUUUUGGAAGCUACCUCUUUGGAAUGAGUGAAGUUGUUGCCAAGGAAUCUGAAGAUGUUCAAAGCAGCCAGGACUAUAAGAAUCCGGCAAUAGGAUGGAUGAUUGGCUUUCUCUUUGUUGUUAGCUUUCUUGGCCUCUUCUCUAUCUUGCCUCUUCGAAAGAUCAUGAUCAUAGACUUCAAGUUGACAUACCCAAGUGGCACUGCAACUGCUCAUCUUAUCAACAGCUUCCAUACUCCUGAAGGAGCCCGGUUAGCAAAGAAACAAGUGAGGGUAUUGGGGAAGUUCUUCUCCUUCAGUUUCUUGUGGAGUUUCUUUCAGUGGUUCUUUGCUGCUGGAGAUGAUUGCGGAUUUAAAGCCUUCCCCACAUUUGGACUUAAAGCUCAGGAAAACAUGUUUUUCUUUGAUUUCUCGACAACAUAUGUUGGAGUAGGGAUGAUUUGUCCGUACAUUGUAAACAUAUCCUUGCUGCUUGGAGGCAUUCUUUCUUGGGGCAUUAUGUGGCCUCUCAUUGAAACUAGAGAGGGUGAUUGGUACCCUGCAGACCUUCCACCAAAAAGCAUUAAAGGUCUGCAAGGUUACAAGAUAUUCAUUGCCAUUGCCAUGAUCCUAGGUGAUGGCCUAUAUAACUUCUUCAAGGUAAUAAGCCAAACUCUCUUGGGCUUGUUUUACCAUCUCCGGCACAAGGACGCUAGCAUUGUCCUCUCUGUAGAGGACCGUUCCUCUCCUACCAACUCCUCUCUUUCUUACAAUGACAAGCGCCGAACCCAACUGUUUCUCAAAGAUCAAAUUCCAAUACCAUUUGCUGUUGGAGGGUAUAUUGCAAUAGCUGCUAUCUCCACAGCCACACUUCCUCACAUAUUCCCCCAACUCAAAUGGUACUACAUAGCUGUCAUGUACAUUGCUGCCCCUAUCAUGGCAUUUUGCAAUGCAUAUGGGUGUGGGCUCACUGAUUGGUCCCUUGCGUCCACCUAUGGGAAGCUUGCCAUCUUUACCAUUGGGGCAUGGGCUGGGGGUGCCCAUGGCGGAGUCAUAGCAGGUUUGGCAGCCUGUGGAGUGAUGAUGAAUAUCGUCUCAACAGCUUCUGACCUAAUGCAGGAUUUCAAAACUGGUUAUCUAACCUUAGCUUCACCUCGCUCAAUGUUUGUGAGCCAAUUGAUUGGCACUGCAAUGGGUUGUGUAAUUGCCCCUUGUGUGUUUUGGCUCUUCUACAAGGCCUUUGAUGACCUAGGGCAAGAUGGAAGUGAAUAUCCUGCUCCUUAUGCUCUGGUGUUCCGUAAUAUGGCUAUUCUGGGGGUGGAUGGCAUCUCCUCCUUACCAAAGAAUUGCUUCCUUCUUUGUUGUGUGUUCUUCGCUGCAGCAGUUCUUGUCAACUUGGUUAGGGAUGCUGUAGGUAAAAGGAGAUCAAGGUUCAUUCCGAUUCCAAUGGCGAUGGCGAUACCACUUUAUCUAGGCCCCUACUUCGCCAUUGAUAUGUGUGUUGGGAGCUUAAUAUUAUUUAUAUGGGAAAGGAUGAACAAAGCCAAGGCAGAUGCUUUUGGACCUGCAGUUGCUUCUGGUUUGAUUUGUGGAGAUGGAAUAUGGACUUUGCCUAGUUCAAUUCUUGCUUUAGCAGGAGUAAAGCAACCAAUCUGUAUGAAGUUCCUGUCUAGGGCAACAAAUGUUAGGGUUGAUAAACUCUUGGGGUCUUAGACCUUUAAGGAUAUUUAUGGACUAUGUAUGUAAUUAUAUAUGUAAGUUGUAUACUUCCUGUUGUUCCAUAUAUCUCAGUACCAUUUUUUCCUUUAAGAGGAAACAUCGUGGGUUAUGGAUGUAAUUAUAUAUGUAAGUUUUAUGCUUCCUGUUGUACCAUA